AUGCCACAGUUAGCAGGCGGAGGUGGUGGCGGGGACCCGGAGCUAUGUGCUACCGAUGAGAUGAUUCCCUUCAAAGACGAAGGAGACCCACAAAAGGAGCAAAUAUUCGCGGAGAUUAGUCAUUCGGAGGAGGAAGGAGAUUUGGCGGAAAUAAAGUCAUCUUUGGUCAGCGAGACAGAAAUAAGUCCAAACAGCAACGGCCACGAUCCUUCCAGACAAUCCCAGCUCCCGCCCGACUCCUACCAUGAAAAACACAGAGAUCAUCCUGACGAUGGCAAACACCCAGACAUGUACAGCAAAGGCCAUCCGUACCCAGGUUACCCGGGAUACAUUAUGAUGGGAAACAUGAGCAACGAUUCCUACAUGAACAACGGUUCUCUCUCGCCUCCGAUGCCCAGAACGUCCAAUAAAGUUCCAGUGGUCCAGCCGUCUCACGCUGUCCACCCUCUCACCCCCCUCAUCACUUACAGCGACGAACACUUUGCCCCGGGGCCACACUCUGGACACCACCCUCAGGACAUCAACUCCAAACAAGGUAUGCCCAGGCAUCACCCUGGUUCAGACAUUCCCAAUUUCUACCCUCUCUCUCCUGGAGGAGUGGGACAGAUCACACCACCACUUGGAUGGUUUCCUCAUCAUAUGGUACCAGGCCCCCCUGGUCCUCACGCUACAGGCAUUCCCCAUCCUGCCAUCGUCAACCCGCAGGUCAAACAAGAGCACCAUCAUGAAACAGACCUCAUGCACAUGAAACCCCAGCAUGAGCAGCGAAAGGAGCAGGAACCUAAAAAACCCCACAUUAAGAAGCCUCUGAACGCGUUUAUGCUCUAUAUGAAAGAGAUGAGAGCUAACGUGGUGGCUGAGUGUACGCUGAAGGAGAGCGCCGCCAUCAAUCAGAUCCUGGGGAGGAGGUGGCAUGCUUUAUCUCGGGAAGAGCAAGCAAAGUAUUACGAAUUAGCCCGCAAGGAGAGGCAACUACACAUGCAGCUCUAUCCGGGCUGGUCUGCCAGAGACAAUUAUGGGAAGAAGAAGAAGCGGAAGAGGGAGAAGCUACAGGAGCCUGCCUCAGGUGGAAAACGAAACAAUUUCUCCACGUGCAAAGCAAAGGCAGCAGCUGCGGGUCCUCUUUUAGAGAUGGAGGCCUGUUAG